AUGGCUUCGUCUUCCGGUUCAACGAAGCUGUGCUUCAAUUCGACUUGUAAAGAAGCUCUGGAAGUCCCUAGACAAGGUUGGCUUUGCCGGACGGGAGACUUCGCUGACCUCUGCGAUCGAUGCUCUUCUGCUUUUAAAGAUGGAAAAUUCUGUAACACAUACCACAUGAAUGCUUCUGGUUGGAGAUGUUGUGAGUCUUGUGGAAAGCAAAUCCAUUGUGGAUGCAUAGUGUCAUUCCACAUGUUCAUAUUGUUGGAUGCUGGAGGAAUUGAGUGUAUCAACUGUGCAAAAUCAGAAUACAUCUUGACACCAAAUCCUACAUGGCCAUCUGCUCCCCACUUUCUCACGGGUCCCGCUGAAAGAAUUCGAGAUAUUUCUUCCAAAAAUUGGAGAUCAAUAUCAGGAACAGGUCCUGUGCCAUGGAAGCAAGCACCCUAUCUCUUCAAUUCUUCUAAACUUCAACCUGAAUUACUCUCUAACAUUGAUAAACCUCUUUCAAGGGAACAAUUAACUUCAUGUUCAUUGACUAGAAGCAUAAUACAUGAUCCUUCUGAAAGAUUAGUGAAUGACAGCUGGCAGAUGACUGGUGAUAGAGCCAAAGCCACUGGGCUACAGUAUGAUGGAAAACAUAAUUUGUUUCAAUCUUUCUUUUCAAAUGAACUUGCCACCCCUGUUUCUAGUUUACCAGCAACAUUCAUGGCACAAGAUCAAAAGAGUGAAAAAGGAAAAGCAUCUGGACAAUUUUGCCCUCCACCAUCAGUAGGGAAAUGUUGCUCCAGUAGUAAUACUAAUAGUCCACCUGGCACUUCUCUUGAAAGUCAAACCUACAGUGGAAAGGGUCAAGGAGAAAAACGGGGUAGACAUCAGUUACUACCCCGUUAUUGGCCUCGGUUAACAGAUCAAGAACUACAACAGAUCUCUGGAGGGUCAAAUGCCAAAAUUACCCCUUUGUUUGAGAAAGUGUUAAGUGCUAGUGAUGCUGGGAGGAUAGGGCGAUUGGUGCUACCAAAAAAAUGUGCAGAGGCUUAUCUUCCACCAAUUUCUCAGCCUGAAGGUUACCCCCUUGUAGUUCAAGAUUUAAAGGAAGGAGUCACUCCAUGUAUACAGUCCAUGCAGUUGCAAGCUGGUGAUACAGUAACAUUUAGUAGGUUAGAGCCUGAAGGAAAACUUGUGAUGGGAUUCAGAAAAGCAUCACCCUCUUCUCCAUCUUACCAUGUCACUGACGUUUCUACUCAUGAAGAACCUUCGAAGGGUAGUUUCGGAAAUAAGUCUAGAAAUCCAGAUGGGACAUGGGCAGAAGCUGAUAAAAUUGCUAAAAGGAAAAAAGGGGGAAAGAUGUGUUCAAAUAGCAAACAUGUUAAACCUAAUGAUGAAGAGAUAGUUCGAGUAAAUGUCACUUUAGAACAAGUUCAAGGAUUGUUGAGACCACCUCUUUCUAAUUCCUCCACCAUUGUGGUUAUUGAGGGUGUUGAAUUUGAGGAUUUUCAGGAGGAACCGAUUAUACGGAGUCCUACAAACUUUCCAACAAUUAAUCACGCUUCUUGUAACAAAAACGAAACAGAAAACCAAGGACUUGAUGCGCUUGCUAAUUUAGCAAUCCAAGAUGGCACGCUUACAAAGUCACCAAGUGGCACCAAUCACAAAUCAGUUUUUGUACACCAUGGAGAUGAGAAACAUUUAGAGAAAGAAGUAGGGGAUGUGGGACAGAAUCCAAAUGAAAUGAUGUAUGCUGACAUUCUUCGGUAUAAUAAUAACCAAAACCAAAACCAAAACCAGAAAACGGGUCCCGGUCAAAGUAUUGAAAAAGUAUCAACUAGUCAGUCGUUUAAAAGUCAAAAUAUUGACUUGAAUAUACAACCUGAACGUGAAGAAGAAUGUUCUCCGGUUUCUGAUAUGGGGAUCAUGAUGUUAGUUCAAGAAUCUACACAUAGAUACAUAAGGCAACAGAAGCUACCAGUUAAUGGUGUAAAUUCAUGAUGGCAGGUGGUGGUUGGGUGGAAGCUAUUUUUGUGAAGUGGCUCGUUUUGUUGAUGAUUUGGUAAGAUUUAUAAAAAAAAAAAAGGCAUUGUUAGAGCUUUGUUGAGUUUUAUAGUUUCGUGUAUGUAAACAAGAUCCUAGAAGCUAACUUUUGACAUGCUCUAGAUUUUUAGUACAUAAUUUUUUUUUCGGUGUAAUUACAUUUUUUUUUUGUGUUAAGAGUUUGAUUUUAAGUCGUUUGGAUUGAAUGUAGCUUACUAUUGCAUCUUUUACAUGAACAUAUAGUCAUAAGCUUGGAACGUAUAGCACAUCACAUGCGAUAAUUCCUUUAAGAUUCAGGAGAUGGGUGGCUUGCUAAAUGAAUGAAUG